GUGACAGCCGGAAGUGCUACUCUGCGUCUUAACACUAACCAAAAACCAACAAAUAUUGUCAUAGUGUACGUUUAGGUUAUUUUUAAUAGGAAGCUGUGAGUUUACAAGAUGCGUGCUCAAGUGUCUGGCGCUAUUCACAAUUAUUUCUCGGUUGUUUUAAGGAGCUGUUGAACUCCAAAGCUAGCUAGCAUGUAAGCUAGCUAACGGUUUGUUGACAGUCGUUUCUGGACAGUGUGUCACCCUAUUGUUGGACAACAACAAACUGCGACCUAAGGAAUUGUUAGAUAGUGUCAUGUAUGGCUGCGUACCAUUUUUUAAGACUUGCUCACCUACUGAAGAAAGGGCUGCCCACGAAACAAGUCUGGACAAGAGCAAAUAACGCCUCAAUCUUGGUGUCAGCUCAGGUUGUAUUAAUGACUGCGCUGACAGACUUUGAACCUUUAGCAAAGAGACUUAGGGUUGAUAUAAGUGCCCCAACGUCCCCUCCAUCUUCUUCCCAAGUCUCAUCUUUAUGUAUUCAGAGCAGAGAUAAUGCAGUAGAUCAAGAAAGGAGGCAAAACAACACAGACACAAAGAUGGACAUACAGCCAAAGACUGGAGCAGACCGACUGCGAGGUGUUAAGACAAAAGGUUGCCAUCAAAGAAUUGGCCCCAGACCGCAACAGAAGUUCAGAAGCACUCUUGAACGAUGGUUGGUGAAGCCCCAAAAAAGUACAGCUGAAGUGUGCCAAACCCAAGAAGAUGUCGAGAUGGCUGAUGACGGUGCCUCACAGAGCACGUCAGCUCAGGUUCAGGAGCGGCAAAAUGCUGAAAAGCCUGCUGUGUCUGACUCGGAUGAAGAAACACAACCUUUGACACCACAGGACCUGGAUGAGUACAAUCCUGUGUCACCAGCUUCCAAGGACUCUGCAGGGAGUGGGCUAACACAGCCACCGUCCCACAAUUAUGAUGGAUUAGAGAAAGAAGAAAUGGAGACAGACUCAUCAGAGAGCUCCGUCAAGCACAAUGCCAAAAUAACAGACUUCUUUGCAGGGACCUCAUCACCAGGUGUACCUGUGAGACGGGGCAGGCCGAAUAAGUCUCCAGACAAACCAGAUGCAGACAAGGAAGCCACAUCUGCUGUUGUCAAGCCUGAUGUCAAAUGGCUGGGGACGCCAAUUAGUGAGCUAAAGAGAAUGCCAGAAUGUGGCGGACCGCUUCCUCCACUGAAGGACGUUCCUGGCCAGCACACUGUGAUGAUAAGGACAGACCUUCUUCAGAGUGGUAAAGUUCCUGUUCCAUAUCCUACAAAGUUUAGGGAUACCUGGGAUGAUGUCCAUGUCAAGAUGCCCUGUUCCAGUAGCAACCUGUUUCCUGUACAGGAUGAGGAAACACUGGAACUACAGAAUAAGAGUCGGUGGGAGCUGAUCAAGGAAGCUUUAAACAAGGAAUUUACGAGUCCAUUUGAGCUGAGGAAUGCAAUACUGAAGUACAACUCCUCACAGGCCAAGAAAUGGGACUUCACUGCAUUACGUUUGUACUGCACUAAGGUCCUGGAGCCUGAUGCCGCUGAACAUCUGUUUGACUCCCUGCUGCCAGACAUGGUGCAAUUAGCACUGAGAGCAUCUGAGCUCUGUACCAAGCCGAUACCCCUCCUCAAGCAAGGAACGAACCACUCCAUCACCAUGUCUCAGGAGCAGGUGGCAUGUCUGCUCGCCAACGCCUUCUUCUGCACCUUCCCCCGACGCAACUCCAGAAAGACUGAGUACCGCAACUACCCAGACAUCAACUUCUUCAGGCUGUUUGAGAGCUCGUCUUCAAGGAAGAUUGAGAAGCUGAAAACCCUGAUGUGCUAUUUCCAAACUUUCACUGAAAAAAAGCCAACUGGACUUGUAACAUUCACACGAAGAAUCUUGGAAGAUCCUCUGAAUUGGAAAAGCUCAAAGACUCAGCUCACAAAGCUCCACAUUACGUGUAAAGGCACCAUUGAGGAUGAUGGUUAUGGAAUGCUUCAGGUGGAUUUUGCUAAUCAGUUUGUGGGAGGAGGAGUCACCAGUUCUGGGCUCGUCCAAGAGGAAAUCCGUUUCCUGAUCAACCCCGAGCUUAUCGUUUCUCGCCUCUUCACCGAAGCCCUGGAUGAUUAUGAGUGUCUGAUCAUCACAGGUACGCAGCAGUACAGCAAAUACACAGGAUAUGCUCAUACCUACCAGUGGGGCGGCAGCCACCAGGACACAACUCUAAGAGAUGGCUGGCAGAGAAGAUGCACAGAAAUUGUGGCGAUCGAUGCACUGCAUUUCAAGACCUUUCUUGAACAGUUUCACCCAGUGAGACUCAACCGAGAACUCAACAAGGCCUACUGUGGCUUUGCUCGCCCUGAAGAACAAAGCCAAAACCUUGCAGCAGUGGCUACAGGGAACUGGGGCUGUGGGGUUUUUGGAGGUGACACACGUCUGAAAGCUCUGCUCCAGAUGCUGGCAGCUGCUGAGGCGGGCAGAGAUGUGGCCUAUUUCACCUUUGGUGACAGCCAGCUCAUGACAGAUGUCCACAAGAUGCACUCUUUCCUAACUCAGAGGAAGAUCAGUGUCGGGGAGGUGUAUGAGCUCCUGGGGCAGUACUACAGCUCAGUGUGCAGGAACUGCCUUGGUCGACGCCCUGACGUCAGCCUCUACUCCUUCAUCUACCAACAGGUCAGCUCCUCCCUGGCGCCAGAGGACUCCGACAGGGGCUCGGCUAGACAUCACGUCCCUGCAGACUGCCGUUAAGGUCAGGUGGCUGAUGAGUCACCGUGCCUUAUCUUGGGAAAACGUCACAA